AUGCUGAAGCCUGCAGUCAUCAUCGACAGCGGCAGCAGCUUCACCCGGGGUGGCUUUGCAGGGCAGUGGCAGCCCCAGUUUGUUCUAAGGACUGUGCUGCUGCACCCCUGCAGUGCAGGCCCCAGGAGGGACACCCAGCAGCAUCCCACUGCCACGGGAAGCACGGAAGGCUGCGCCGCAACACCCAGGUCCUGCCCACUCAAGCACGGCAUCGUUGAGGAUUGGGACGGCAUGAAAAGCCUGUGGGGCCACCUCUUCUCCUGCAGCCUCAGAGUCCCGCCAGAGGAACACCCGGUGCUCCUGGCUGAGUCCCCAUCCUGCCCUGCCACCGACAGGGUAAAGGCAGCCGAGGUGUUUUUCGAGAGCUUCGGGGUGCCAGCCCUGUACGUGGCCAACACUGGGUUCCUGUCUCUCUGCGCCCACGGCAGAGUCACCGGGCUGGCCGUGGAGGCUGGGGCGGGAGUGUCCCACGUCACCUCCGUCUGCCUGGGCCAGACCCUCAGGAAGGGCACCCAGCGCCUGGGGGUGGCCGGGGAGCUCCUGUCCAGCCACCUGCACCGGCUGCUGCUGGAGAGCCCCAACCAGCCCUCUGCGCUGCACGCCCUGACGAGGAAGACGCUGUCCCAGCUGAAGAAGCAGUGCUGCUACGUCUCCCUGGACUACGAAAGAGACCUCCAGGACCAAGGUUGCCAUCAUCCAGCCAGAUUCCAGAUGCCAGACGGGCACUGGAUAACCCUGGGCAAGGAGCGGUUCUGCUGCCCAGAGCCGCUCUUCCAGCCCAAGCUGCUCCAGCACAGCUGCCCCGGGCUGCACCAGCUGGCCUGGCAGAGCCUCCAGACGGUGCCCGACCACGCCAGGAGGGACAUACUGGCCAACAUCGUGCUCUCAGGUGGCUCCUCCAUGUUUCCUGGCUUCCCAGAGAGGAUGUGCUUAGGGUUGAAUCUCCUUUCCCAAGGCACGGGCAUCCAGAUUGAUGUCCUGGCGAGCCCGGAGAGGGGCACGGCAGCCUGGGUGGGGGGCUCCAUGGCAGCGUCUCUCACGUCCUUCCAGCGCGCGUGGUUGACAAAGGGCGAGUACCAGGAGCUCGGAGCUGAGUGUGUGCACACCAAAUUCCAGUAG